CGAACCUUCCUUCAUACAAUCAAAGAGUUGUUCAAACCAGCGCAUCAUCUCUUCCCAAUCCCUCUAUACAAUCUUGAAAGCUACCAACACAGCAUUGCAUCAACAACGAAACGAGUCUCUCCACCAUCCUCAAAACGCAAUCAUGGCCUCCUCAGCGCCGCCCCCAGCCCUGACCCUCCCCCCCUCGCAAUUCGCCCGCCUCCAACCUCACGCCUACCUCCUCGCGCACCUCUCCCCGCCCGCGUCCAGCAACCAACCCUCCCUCCGCGCCAACGGCCGCCAGCCCGCGCAGUUCCGCCCCACCUCCGCCAACACGGGCUCCCUCACCCACACGAACGGCAGCGCCGUCGUCCGCGUCGGCGACACCACCGCCGUCUGCGGCGUGCGCGCCGAACUCCUCCCCACGAGCGACAUCGCCUCGUGGAGCGUGUCGCACGCUUCGUCCGGCGCUCACAAACGUGCGACGACCACCAAGAAUGACGCCGACGCCGACGCCGACGAAUCCCACAUCCAAGACCUCAACCUCCUGGUGCCGAACCUCUCGCUGAGCACCGGCUGCGCGCCGGGGUUCGUGCCGGGCGCGCCGCCCUCGGCCCUCGCGCAGUCCCUCUCCCAUCAGAUUCUGGGGCUGUUGCACAGUACCCGGUUGGUGCGGGCGGAGGAUCUGCGGGUUUGGUAUCAGGUGCCUUCGUUUGGAGGGGAUGGGGAUAUGGAUGUUGAUGCGGAGGAGGACGAAGGGCGGAAGAAGAAGAACGACGGGAAAGAGAUCAAGGCGUUCUGGGUCCUGUAUAUCGAUAUCAUGAUCAUCUCGCUGGCGGGGAAUGCGUUUGACGCGGCGUGGGCGGCGGUCCUGGCGGCGUUGCGGGAUACCCGGCUGCCGCGCGCGUGGUGGGAUGCUGAUAAUGAGAUGGUCGUGUGCUCCGAGGCAGUGGCAGAGGCGACGAGGCUGUCGUUGCGGGGGUUGCCAAUCGCCAGCUCGUUCUGUGUGUUUGAGGCGGAUGCCGCGGCGGGGUGGAGGGCGGUGAUUGUGCCGGAUGCGGAGGAGGAGAAGAAGAUUGAGGAGGAUCAGCGGAGGGGUAUGCAGCGGCGGUGGAUCUUGGCGGAUCCUGAUGGGUAUGAGGAGGGGUUGAGUCAGGAGCGCGUGUGUUUGGUGGUGGAUCGGGAGAUGGGGAAGACAGUGAUUGUUAAGAUGGAGAAGAAUGGUGGGUGGGCGGUGGAUGGGAGGGAGUUGAAGCAGUUGGUGGAUACUGCGGCGGAGAGAUGGGAGAGUCUGAAGCUGAUCUUGGAGCAGUGUUGAGAUUUCUUCGUCC